AUGCAUAAUGAUGUUGGAAUGGUGUCCAGUAGAAGGAAUUCCACAGGGGCGUUCCACCGCGACGGCCCACCCAAGGACUGGUCCCAGUUUGCCGACCCCUCGCCCUCUCCUAAACUGCUCUACUCGCAGUCCUAUGUCAUCAUGAGGGGGCUGCUGGCGUCGCUGGCCUCUUUGGACUUCGCCCUGUGGUCAAGCACGAUGAAGUCCGCAUGGCGAUCGCCUGAGAGGUCGAAAUCUAAGGGGCCGGGCUGCAGGAGAGUCGCGUUCCGGCUGUUCGUGUGUUUCAUGAUCGGCAUCUUCAUCGGGUUCACGCCCUUCUUCUCGGUCGAUGUCUCUCAGAAGAUAGUCUCGAGGCUUCCGUUCGACGAUGGGGUGGAUGAUAAGGUUAAGGAGUUGGAUGCAAUCGUAGUGCAGAAAGAGGUUGAGGUGGUUGAUGAGCCCGAGGUUGAGCAGCUGAGCCCUCCGGUUCCUGCAAUGUUGGAUGAUGAGGUGGAUUUUGUCGAAGCUGCGAAACCUGCUAUUACUGAUUUGGUCAUCCCUGUGAGGAAGCUUCUGAUAGUGGUGACAAUCACUUCUGCUCGGCCGCAGCAGGCGUAUUACUUGAAUCGCCUAGCUCAUGUUCUGAAAGGUGUACCACCUCCUCUCUUAUGGUUGGUGGUGGAAUGGCCUGUUACUACCUUUGAAACAGCAGAAAUCCUCAGGUCUUCUGGGGUUAUGUACAGGCAUAUUGUCUGCAGGAAAAAUCUUACCAGUGUACGGAAGAUUGCUGUCUGUCAAAGGAACAAUGCAAUCUAUCAUAUUAAGAAGCAUCACCUUGAUGGUAUAGUGCACUUUGCUGACGAAGAGCGGUCAUACAUGGGUGAUGUUUUUGAAGAAAUGCGCAAGAUCAGGCGCGUUGGUGCAUGGCCUGUAGCGAACCAUGAUGCAAGUAAGUACAGGGUGGUUGUAGAAGGGCCUACAUGUAAAGGAAACCGAAUCACUGGAUGGAACACAAUUCAGAAGAAGGGUGCACCUCGUCGAUUCCCAAUUGGUUUCUCUGGGUUUGCUUUCAACAGUACAAUGCUCUGGGAUCCUCAAAGGUGGAACCGCCCAGCUAUGGAUUCUGUUAUAGUCCACUCUGGUGGUAGAGGUGGUCUGCAGGAGUCACGAUUUGUUGAGAAGCUUGUUAAAAACGACCGUCAAAUAGAAGGCCUUCCAGAUAACUGCAACCGGGUCAUGGUCUGGAAUUUCGCCUUGGAACCUCCCCAGCUCAACUACCCCGCAGGAUGGUCGCUGUGGAACCACCUUGAAGUUGUCAAGGACCUGUAACAUAGAGAUCCUGCCACCGGAAGUCCUCUGCUCCUACAGGCCAUCAUUUCUCUCGGCAAGCCGGAAGGAUGAUAAACCUUGCGGCGGUGCAGAGGAUCUGAAUCUCGACUUGGCGAUGCCCGCUAGCGGCGCUGCUAACCGAUUGCCCUCCUCCUAAACAGCCCGUGCAACAGGACCCGCAAAGUCGUAGUGUCAGUCAUACUAGUAGCAGUGCCAAGCAGAACUGCCUGACCAGCUUUUUCCUAUUUUUGUGUGCUCGCUGUAUUCUUUUUGUGCCCUUCGUUUCCCCUCCGUAUUCGCCGGUGCAUACUGCCCUGUAGAUUUUUUUCCCACGGCCUUUUUCUGUGUUUAUGAUACGUUUACAGAUGUAAAAACCUGCAGCCAUUGCAGCUGUUGACAGUGAAUGCAAUACCACAGAUUUGUAACUGUUAACCCAGCAAUGAAGUCGUCUAGGCUGUAAGCUGUGCAAAUC